AUGACAAAAACGAAGCUUGAAAUUGAUAAAGAUCAACUCACGUUAGAUAAAAAUUGUGCGAAUAUCACAUUUAAAAUCGAUGCUCUCAGAUUAGUGAAAGGUUCUGUUCCAUACGAAAUUUGGCUGGAGCAUACACGAAACACCAAGCAACUAGCCGAUAACGAACUAGCUGAUACCAUCAAACUUCAAGAAUCUCUUUUUGUGGUAAGAGAAAGAGUGCGCAACGACAUGUUAGCUCAAAGAGACCGAGUGGAUUUUAUCUUGCGUAAACCCAUCUACCCAUGA